GUACUAUGAAAAUUCACACGUUUUCAUAGUGUUUGUCCAUAGGAGAUGAAUUGUUAAAAUGCAUCUGAACAAGCAUCCCUGUUGUUGGAAGAUAGCACGCCAGGGAUUUGAACUGCCAAAAACCAGCAAACUUAUUAGUAGAAGUUAAAAUAAUAUGAAUAAACCAGCCCUAGAAUUCCAAUUUCAAUUCCCCAAUCCGUAGUUCUCUUCACUGUCAUUCCCCACGACCAUCCAUCCCUUUUCCGCGCGAGCGUUGCGACGAGCACCUCCAUCUGCAGCCACCAGCGACGUCUACUACAGCGGAGCGAGCGGCGAUUCCGUCGUUCCCCUUCUUUUCUACAGCCUCGGCGAGGAAAUGACAUCAUAUUAUUGAAGUGCUAUCUGCCUUUUCCUUGAGCUUACGAGCCAUUGUUAACACUUGCAACCGUAGCAGUUGAGGCAAGAAAUUUGACGUAGUAGAAGAAGAUGGGAGAAAGAAAAGUGUUGAAUAAGUAUUACCCACCAGAUUUUGACCCCUCAAAGUUGCCUAGGGUUCGAAGACCCAAAAAUCAGCAGAUCAAGGUUCGCAUGAUGCUUCCCAUGAGUAUCAGAUGCAAUACUUGUGGGAAUUAUAUCUAUAAAGGCACUAAGUUCAACUCCCGAAAGGAAGAUGUUAUUGGCGAGACGUAUCUGGGCAUUCAGUUAUUCAGGUUUUACUUCAAAUGCACUAAAUGCUCAGCUGAGCUUACUAUUAAGACAGAUCCACAGAAUUCAGAUUAUGUUGUAGAAUCUGGGGCGACAAGGAAUUUUGAACCAUGGCGGGCAGAGGAUGAGGAAGAUGAAAAAAUGAAACAGAAGAGGGAGGCUGAAGAAUUGGGAGAUGCUAUGAAAUCCCUGGAAAAUAGAACUUUGGACUCUAAAAGGGAGAUGGACAUCCUUGCAGCACUUGAUGAGAUGAAGUCUAUGAAGUCGAGGCAUGCGACUGUCUCUGUUGAUGCAAUGCUGGAGGCCUUGCAACGCACAGCAGCUGACCAGGAGAAACAGUUGGAAGAAGAAGAUGAAGCACUGAUAAAAUCUGUUUUCUCCAGCAAAUCAAAAGAACUCGUCAAAAGAAUUCGUGAUGAAGAUUUAGAAACUGAUGAUUUUAUUAUUAAGCCUUCAAAUGGAAAUGGCGAAACAUCUGACGAUAAUAUGAAGAGAAGAAGAAUGUCUGAAGAGUUUCCAAGCAAAGCAACUGAUGCUCUGACAAAAGCUAGCUUGGAUAAUUCUGGCAACCCAGAAACUUCACGAGUCUCAGAGACUUCUAAUGGUCCCAAGCCUUUUCAUCCCUUGGUGAAGAUCAACGUUGUCAAGAAACCAGUUGAAUCCAAGCAGAAGGAAAUAGAGGAGGAAGACAGUAAAAUUGACACAACCAGUGGACUUAAAUCCUUGUGUCAAAACUAUGACAGUGAUGAUGAUUAGUAAUUGUUUACAUAUUGCAGAAAGAUUUACUUUUAUUUUUUUCCCCUCAGUAGUACUUGGUCCCAUUUAAUUGCAGCCAUAUUCUCAAAGUGGCUGAUCGAUGCAUGGUCCAAUUGUGAGAUUAGAAUUCUAACUUUGCAACGGCGGUGGGGAUCUAUAUAAUCGAGCAAUUCUUGCAUGUACUUUUUUUGGCUUGAUUCCAAUUGUAAGAUUUGAAUUGUAACCCUGCAAUGGCGGUGGGGAUCUAUACAAUCGAGAAAUUCUUGUAUAUACUCUCUUUUUGGCU